AUACGCAAUUUUAGGGAUUUUCUCAAUUGCAGGAAUUCAGAGACAAUCACAUCGAAUUGAAGAACUCGGCUCUUCUCCAGUUGCAGGGCCUAUUUGCUAUUGAACCAAGAAAAGAGGCCAAUGGCUGCACAUAAGAUCGCUCAUGCCACCUUGACAGGACCGAGCGUGGUCAAGGAGCUCUGGAUCGGCUUCAUGCUUGGAUUGGCUGCAGGAGGCUUGUGGAAGAUGCAUCAUUGGAACGAGCAAAGGAAAACCAGGGCCUUCUAUGACAUGCUCGAGAAAGGUGAGAUCAGUGUUGUUGUUGAAGAAGAAUAGGAACGUGUUUCACUCCAUGUCACUAUUCAGAAUACUAUGUUUCUGUCUUUUCGUCACCUCCCUACUGUCGUUUGAAUGUUGUGCUGCAAGUGGGCAGAUUUGGGUAGUUAGGUUGGGACUCCAGGAAAGAAAUAAAUUCAUUCUGUACUGGAAUUUGAUAGCCGCUUUACUUUUCUUAUUUACACCAGUUGGAACAAGAUUUUGAAUCACUCAAUAAAAGUCCAGAUCAAGGUUUCUUUCUA